GAGGGAGGAGGGCGGGCGAGCCCGAGCGGCGGCGGCGGCGGGAGCCAGAGAGAGCGGCGUCCGGAGUGCGGUCUCCAUGGCAGUGCCGGGCACAGCCUGAGGGAGCUGGGCCAGAGGGCUGAGCCCCACCUCCAAAUCCCUGGGGCAUCCAGAAGAUUCCUGACUGGUCAAGAACCAGAGGAAAAAGAGACCUGGAAGUCCCAGCAUGGGGACCAGAGCCCCCCAGCCAGCCUCAUAGCUGGGAAAGCAGCCAGCUUGCCCCUGCCAUCCAUUGCAGGGGUACUUAAGGAAGGCCCCGCCCACCAUGAAGGCUGAGGACUGCCUCUGCUGACCCUCCACAUCUGCCCUCAGCGGGGCCAGUCAUGCAAUGCUGAGCAGCAGCGUGGGCCUGGGGGCAGCCUGCCUCUCUGCAGGGCAGAGACUGUGGGCACCAUGGGGGUGUGUGUGAGUGGGGCUCCUGGGUGAGACCUAGCCCCCGCCCCCAGGAAUUCAAGGGGGGUGGGGGGCUGAGGAUAGGAUGGCUCGGGGCGGGGUGGGGGCGGAGGAGGCCUCCCUGCGCUCCAGUGCACUGUCCUGGCUGGCCUGCGGGCUCCUGGCGCUGCUGGCCAACGCCUGGAUCAUCCUCAGCAUCUCGGCCAAGCAGCAGAAGCACAAGCCGCUGGAGCUGCUGCUCUGCUUCCUGGCGGGCACGCACAUCCUCAUGGCGGCCGUGCCCCUCACCACCUUCGCCGUGGUGCAGCUGCGGCGGCAGGCUUCCUCCGACUAUGACUGGAACGAAAGCAUCUGCAAGGUCUUUGUGUCCACCUACUACACACUGGCCCUGGCCACCUGCUUUACAGUCGCCUCGCUCUCCUACCACCGCAUGUGGAUGGUGCGCUGGCCCGUCAACUACCGCCUCAGCAAUGCCAAGAAGCAGGCGCUGCAUGCUGUCGUGGGCAUCUGGAUGGUCAGCUUCAUCCUGUCCACGCUGCCCUCUAUUGGCUGGCACAACAACGGCGAGCGCUACUACGCCCGUGGCUGCCAGUUCAUAGUCUCCAAGAUCGGCCUCGGCUUUGGCGUCUGCUUCAGCCUCUUGCUACUUGGGGGCAUCGUCAUGGGGCUGGUCUGUGUGGCCAUCACCUUCUACCAGACGCUGUGGGCCCGGCCCAGGAGGGCUCGGCAGGCCCGGAGAGCGGGGGGAGCUGGAGGGGCUAAAGGGGGUGGGCCAGGGGGCUUGGGUACCCGGCCAGCUUUUGAGGUGCCAGCCAUUGUGGUGGAGGAUGCCCGAGGGAAGCGGCGGUCCUCACUGGAUGGCUCCGAGUCUGCCAAGACGUCCCUGCAGGUCACCAACUUGGUCAGCGCCAUCGUCUUUCUCUAUGACUCGCUCACAGGGGUGCCCAUCUUGGUGGUGAGCUUCUUCUCCCUCAAGUCGGACUCUGCGCCCCCCUGGAUGGUGCUGGCUGUGCUAUGGUGCUCCAUGGCACAGACUCUGCUGCUGCCCUCCUUCAUCUGGUCCUGUGAGCGCUACCGUGCCGACGUGCGCACAGUGUGGGAGCAGUGCGUGGCCAUCAUGUCCGAGGAGGAUGGCGAUGACGAUGGAGGUUGUGAUGACUAUGCAGAUGGCCGAGUGUGCAAAGUUCGCUUUGAUGCUAAUGGGGCCAUGGGCCCAGGGGGCCGGGACCCCUCCCAGGUGAAGCUGCUGCCUGGAAGGCACAUGCUCUUUCCCCCUCUUGAGAGAGUCCACUACUUACAGGUCCCUCUAUCCCGCCGCCUGUCUCAUGACGAGACCAACAUCUUCUCUACCCCUCGGGCACCAGGCUCCUUCCUGCACAAGUGGUCAUCCUCUGAUGACAUCCGGGUCCUCCCAGCCCAGAGCCGGGCUCUUGGGGGCCCUCCUGAGUACCUGGGACAGAGACACAGGCUGGAGGAUGAGGAGGAUGAGGAGGAGGCUGAAGGUGGGGGGCUGGCCAGCCUUCGCCAAUUCCUAGAGAGUGGGGUUGUGGGGUCAGGUGAGGGACCCCCACGGGGUCCUGGCUUCUUCCGAGAGGAGAUCACCACCUUCAUUGAUGAGACACCUCUGCCUUCUCCGACUGCCUCACCAGGGCCCUCUCCUCGCCGGCCCAGGCCACUGGGCCUCUCACCCCGACGACUGUCCCUUGGGUCCCCUGAUAGCAGAGCCAUUGGACUUCCUUUGGGGCUAAGUUCAGGGAGACGAUGCUCCCUGACUGGGGGUGAGGGGAGUGCAAGGGCUUGGGGAGGAUCCUGGGGCCCCAGCAACCCCAUAUUCCCUCAGCUGACCCUGUGAGCCCUGAUGGGCCUGCUGGACUGAGAGGAGGGGGCCUGAGUGAGCACCAUCUCGUUCUGGCCCUGAGCCUGUGACAGCUGCCUCCAGGGAGAUGGGUGCUGGAUCUGGGGCUCUGGAGCCCCUGCUCUCUCCUACCCAAGUGACCAGAUGCCCUGCUCACCUGCCACCAUCCUUAGCAAAAUUUAUUAAAGUCUGAAGUGUUGCCAUGG